AUGUCGUGGGAAGUCCCAGCAGACAAUCCAAUCGCACCAGAACUAACACAAAACGAUCCACUAAAUUCAAAUUGGUACAAACGACUUCAAUGGAGUUAUAGACAUUCCUUAUCGCACAAUGGGCCUGAGUCUGAACAUUUACUUUAUAGUGAAAUUGGCAAUUUUAACUCAGCAUCUAAACAAUUACUAGUCAACUACAUUAAUAACAAUUAUUCAUAUGUAAAUAAUUGCGAAGACCCAUUGUUUAGUGACAUAUUUUGUCCCUUUCCACCACCAUAUGACAUUGUGGAUGGGAUAAUUUACAAGGUCUUACAGAAGGGGGAAGAAUGGAAAUUUUAUACCAAGAGGUUUAAAAUAUUGCAACGAUUAAUGGAUGGAAUUUGGUCCUUGGGGUUUGAAAGCAAAUUCAGUUUGCCUUUCGAGGCAAUCGUAGACUCCUAUUGCCAUAGGCUGGUGGCUCAGCCCCUACUACCGUGUGGAGAUUACACUAGAAAUGUACUUCAAAAUCUAACCUCUCCAACACAAGUUUCAAAUAUGUAUCUAAAACUAGAUAUUGCAGAACAACUUAUGGCAUUGGCUGAGGUAAUUAAUCUGGAUUUUUGGCCCAGCGUCAGUCCCCCACCUAUACUCUUCAUUGAUGGAUAUUUCUACAUUAUGGACGUUCCAAAAGACGCAUCCAAAGGUACCAUUGAUAUUGCAAUUCCUCAUUUUUUGAAUUUUUGUCGGGAUAUAUGGGAUGUAAGAUUUUUGCGGAAAGAGCUUAAUGUUUCAAAACAAGGGAUAAAAAUGUCUCUAGACUCCAACAUUUUGUUCCCAGAUGUAACAUAUCUAAUAGGCCAAAAAAAUACUGGUGCAGAUGAUGUAAAUUCUCAAUCUAAUGAAAAAGAUGCUCUCUCUAUGGAAUAUAAAGUUAAAACGCUAUAUCCACGGCGUACAUGGUUAUUGGAGACAAGCGUUAAGUUGAUAAUGAGGUACACUUCAUUUGAUCAAUCUCGAUACAUGAGAGGAGUUACCGGAAUAAAGCUUGGAGAUGCACUUGCAAAUACUGCUAUGCUAUGGCAAUCACAGUCGUAUACAUACGGUCCUUUGGGGCGAGUGAGAUCUGCUUUCACAAAAAAUGGCCAUCCAUGCGAUCCAAUUUGCCCAAUGAAUGCUCAUGGCGUUUGCAUUAAUUAUCAGGGCCAAAUUCAAGCAGCUCAACUCUACCAGUCCGUAGUUGAAGCUCUAAAAAUAGAUCAGGUAUGGUCUGAUAAAGUAAAACUGUGGAUUAACCACCUACACAUAAAUCACUACAAAUACGAUUUAAUUGAACCGUUAACUAGUGAAUAUAUGUUUUAUGGGGAUUAUGGUAAUGCCACUGAUGAUUACGAUGGUGUAGUGGCUCAUAUGGAGGGUAAAUUAGGUAGAAAUGGCUUUUGGAAACUACAAUUAGAUUUACUAAUGUCAAUAAAUAAAAGUGGAGUAGAUAUUAACAGUGGCAAUCUUGAUUUUGCUAAUGAUUCGGAUGAAUUCAUAGUCUAUGCAAAACGUGCAUAUGACCUAUCAUUUUCCACAUUCACCAAUAAGGACAUCGAUUGGGCACUGGUGGCCUCUGUCAUGCUUUAUUCUACAUAUCUAUUUUAUGGAAAAAAAUACGGAGAUGCUAUUAAAAUACUAACCUCUGUCAUCAGAUCAUCUGCCUUCGACCCGGCCAUACUAAUACACCUAAAUCUGCUAUUGGUGCAAUGCCACUUUAAGGAUGGAAAUUACCAGAUAGGCUCGCGCAUAGCGGAAGAAUCGCUAAAAUCUUAUUCAAAUGAUGUAUCUGGCCCUAAAAUUAUCUUUAAAUUAACAUUUCUAAUGGCCCUAAUGAGGUCUAGGAUGGGUAGACAGGAUAAAAUUGCGGCUCUUGAUAUAUUCCAGUCUCUAUACCAUCAACUAAAAUUGCUGCACCCAGAAUUCUUAACCAAAACUUUGCUACUUAUCCGGGAGGUUUUGCAGCUCAAAUUGGAUUUAUGUACUGAACAUGAUCUUAAAAAUUUGAGAAUUCUAUUACGCCAGACGGGGAGCUAUACAUUGCAAAAUAUUUCACAGAGUGUAGAACAUGACAUAGACACAUUGUGUCGUGAAAUAUUGGAUGAAUGUGAGGCAAACAAUUUAAGUCCAAUUGAAUGGAUUGACAGAAAUUUACUUUGGGGCAAGAUAUUACAAAUCUCUCCAAUGGGGCAUAGCGAAAUACAUGUUACACAGUCACUUCGUGUGCUUAGAUUGUUUAAAACACCACGUAUUGAAAAUGCCUUGAUCCAGUGCGAUUAG